GAAUUUAUAAGGAGGAAAGGGAAGUGGAGCGUUGUUGAAGUUCCAACUGAUCCAGACUUCAUGCCACCUCGCACACAUAUUAUCUUGUCAUCAGAGGAUGUAGAGCAGGUUGGAACCUUAAAUUUUAUUGGAUGUCAAGGCAUGAUCUUUGGAAUUAGAUGCAUUUGGGAGGAUUUAACGAAUAUGCGGGAGUAUUUCAAGUUCUUUGACCCAGAGCUACUCAAUGCCACGGACAAAGAUGGAAUUGUCCACCAAGAAGUUGUUAUCAAAUUGGCCGAAUGGUUGAAUACAAUGAAUAACAAAUCUCAGAUGUUCUUCAUACCGUGGAACUACGAACGUCAUUGGAUGCUUGAGAUUGUUUGUGCUGGGAAGAUCAUUCACUUGGACCCUUGGCUUAGACAUAAACGCCCUAAGAUGACUAUUGAUCUCACACUCCAAAGGGCAUAUGAACUGCUCGGAGGUUCCAACGAGUUACUUGGAACAUUUCCAGGAGUAACCGUUGCAGCGUGUCCAAAACAAACAUUGGGAAUUGAAUGUGGUUUUUAUGUACUUAGGUACAUUAAUGACAUUGUGAAAGCUCUAAAUUCAUUCGUUGUGAUAAGAGAAAAGUUUGGAAAGAUGGACACAUACGAUGUGGAGACGAUGUUGCUACCACUGCAACAUCAAUGGUUAUCGAAAUUGACACGAUACUUGUACUAGUUAACUUUAGACUUUUAAUUUUAGGCAAUACUUAUUUUGUGUAUUUUUUUUAUUAGUAAGGACUUAACAUAUUUUGUAAUGUAUACUUUAACUUUGUUAUAAUAUAAUUACAAUGUCUUUUGUACUUAAUUUUGUUAUAUAAUUGAAAUAAUAUUUAUUUUUAUAAUUAGUUUAUAAUUAUUUCAAAAAAAAUUAAUAUAU